UGGAUGUGGUUGUGAUGCAUAGCCUGUCUCCUGGCAACGUCCGGCAGCAAAAUUAGCAGUGUUUCGUUGUGCGGCAGCAUUUCAGUGGUUGGAUCGGAGGAUUUCUCAGUCAAGAUAUGCCCAUGUGCCUUUGGGGAAUUUUGGACUAGAUUGGUUAACAUUCACAAUAGACAUUUUCCUGUCCAGGGCACUCCGUGACCAACAGCAGGUUCUUUGGGUGUCAGAUAAUGGUGUUCCAGACCUUGGUGGUCUAAGCAAUGAAGAGACAUUCUUUGCUGAUGAGGUGCAACAGACAAGUUUGGUAUAUCCUGGAGCGUAUAGAAAAGUUUCUGUGGAAUUAAAGAUCCAUCACUUGGCUGUUAAUGCCCUUCUGAAAAGCAACCUGGUGAGUGAGAUGGAAGGAGGUGACUUUUUGGGAUUUGAACAGGAUGGGAAUUCCAGAGGAAGUAGUUCGAAUGUUAACGCCAGUUUUGAUGAGACCACUGGAUGUGCUCCAGCAUUUCGAGUCCUGAAACAGUUGAUUCACAGUUGCUUGACUGAUGUGUGUAAAUCACGCAAUAUAUAUGCUGAUUCCAUUUUGCAACGUUUGUCUUGGUGGCUCUGCAGCCCUUGCUCGAAGCUUCAUGAUCCAGCUCUUCAUCUCAUGCUUCACAAGGUCAUGCAAAAGGUGUUUGCGCUGCUUUUGACUGAUUUGCGGAGAUUAGGUGCUACAAUAAUAUUUGCAGACUUCUCAAAGAUCGUCAUCGACACAGGGAAAUUUGAUCUAUCUGCUGCUAAUGCUUAUUGUGACAGCUUAAUCACAGCUGUGGGGAAUAGCGAUAUCUUUGAGUGGAUCUCGCUCGAACCGGUUCACUACUGGCACUCAUUACUUUUCAUGGACCAGUAUAACUACGCUGGUAUCCGAGCUACUGACGAUGAAAUUUCACCUGACGAAGUGACUAUUGAACCAAAGUGGAGUGUUGCUCGACUUUUCCCUGAGUAUAUUCAGAGGGAUUUCAUCAUAAUUGUUGCCAAGUUUAUAUUUGACCCCUGGAAAUUCGCUUUAGAGAAAAAAAGAGGCAGUUCAGAGAGUUUAGAGGCACAGAUGGUAGAAUAUCUAAAGAAACAGAUACCAUCGAGCUAUAUGGAUAUGCUUGUUACAAAAAUCAAUGAUAUCACGUCACACAUGAAGGAGAUAGACUUUUCAGAUACAUCUCGAGAUUCUAGUCAAGCUCCCAAAAGAGAUUACACGUUAGAGUUCGUACAAACUAUCUGUGCUGUUAUGGCUCUUGACCAAAAUGUCGAGCAAGAUGUUCUGGUACUGAAAAGGAAUCUGUUAAAGUACAUUAACGUAAAAGAAUUUGCGGCUGAAGCCGAAUUUCUUGACCCUGGGCCCUCCUUUAUCUUGCCUAAUGUGGCUUGCAGCAACUGUGACGCCUACAGAGACCUAGAUAUAGGCAGAGACCCAGUUCUAUUAACAGAGAAAGAAUGGUGCUGCGUAGAUUCACAAUGUGGGAAGAUAUAUGACAGAGAGCAGAUGGAGAAUAGUCUUCUCCAGAUGGUGAGACAGAGAGAAAGAAUGUACCACAUGCAGGAUCUAGUUUGCACGAGGUGCAAUCAGGUGAAAGCGGCUCAUUUGACAGAGCAGUGUGAGUGUUCUGGAUCCUUUAGAUGCAAGGAGAGCGGGUCUGAGUUCCGCAAGAGGAUGGAGAUUUUCUUGGAUAUAGCAAAGCGCCAGAAGUUUCAACUGUUGGAAGAAUGCACAUCUUGGAUUAUAGAUCCCACCGGAAGCUGGCAAACCAAUACCGGAAGACAUCAUUCAUAGGUUAUAGAUUUUUGCAUAGAUUUAUUAACACCCUAUAUGACUCAAAAAUGAUGUUGUGGGCAAGAAGUAUUGUUAUAAUUGCAUUUGUUAGCAAGCAACAGACUCAUUACAGACGUAACUAGCGAUCAUGGCUUGGCUCAUUAUUUUUCUUAAAAAGUAUAUGACAACAUAAUUAAUUUGAUAAGUAUUAUAUUGGAUAUA